GUCUUUGCGAGCAGCCGUCAUGGCAGCGGAGGAGAAAGACCCUUUGAGCUAUUUCGCGGCUUACGGGAGCAGCAGCUCCGGCUCCUCGGGCGAGGAGGAUAACAGCGAGCCGGAGGAGACAAGUCGCAGGGUCUCGGAUCCGGGGAAGUCGGCAGGCAGCUGUGGGAACAAGGCGGAGAAGCGGCUGCCGGGACCCGAGGAGCUGUUCCGGAGCGUGACUCGCCCGGCUUUUCUCUACAACCCGCUCAACAAGCAGAUAGACUGGGAGAGGCACGUCGUCAAGGCGCCAGAGGAGCCUCCAAAGGAAUUCAAAAUAUGGAAGUCAAACUAUGUACCACCUCCGGAGACCUACACUACUGAGAAGAAACCUCCACCUCCAGAAUUGGAUAUGGCAAUAAAAUGGUCUAACAUAUAUGAGGACAAUGGUGAUGAUGCCCCACAGAAUGCUAAGAAAGCUAGGCUUCUACCAGAAGGGGAGGAGACCGUGGAAUCAGAUGAUGAAAAAGAUGAGCAUGCUUCUAAAAAGCGCAAAAUAGAACCAGGAGAACCAGCUAAGAAGAAAAAGUAGAAAAUAACAAAUAACAAGAAUUUCUGGACUCCUACUACACUUGUUGAAAUGUUUCUUUAGGCAGAUUAAGUUGGUAUUGUGGAUUAUUGUGACAGAACAUCUCCAUGAAAGUACAUAUGUUAUGAGCUAAUAAGUAUUGCCUCAAGAACUGUCCACUGUAGAAUUCAUUCUUUAUUUAAAACUUGUGUGUAUUUAAAACUCAAAUGGUGACUUGUGAUUGUGAAAUUGACAACACUUGGAAACAUUCUGCUAUCACAGAAUUGAUGACAUGCUUUAAGAGUUUUGUCACAUGUUGACCUGCCAAUGUUAUAUGAACCUUUUAUAAAGGAAUAUAUUUUUAAAGUAAAUAUAUUAUAAAUGUACUGUGAACUUGUAGGGUGCUUUUCAACAGUGUUUGUACAGUGUAAAUAGAUCAUGGAAAUAAAAUUACUUAUUCAAUAUUACAAUUAUUGUAUAACAUUAACAUUUGAAUAUUUGUCUGUGACAAGUACCCUCUUUGCCAUGUGAUGUUUUAGUUGUAAUAAUAAGUAUUAGCAUUUAGGGAGUGCCUCCUGUGUUCCACGUGCUUUGUGCAUAUGGUAUCUCUGAUAUUCAGCCUGGUAAAGUAGAUAUUAAUAUCUCAUUUUAUAAUAAAAGAGCUUGAGUAAUUGUCAAAGGUUAAA